CGUAUUAAAACUAAAAAACACACUUCAUUAACUUCUUUUGUAUUUCCCUACAAAAAUAACCAUUUAUGUCUCUACACACCACUUCUUCUACUACCCCCUCGUCACCGGUGAUUGUUCACCGGUCACCGUGGCACUCACCAGUGCCAUACCUCUUUGGCGGCCUAGCCGCCAUGCUGAGCCUCAUUGCUUUUGCUCUCUUGAUCCUCGCGUGCUCCUACUCCAAGUACGCGGGGCAUCAAGAGAACAGCGAUGAAGGCGAACAAGACCUUGAGAGUGGUGUCUCAAAACCCGACAACGAUAAUAAAGAAUCACCACUUGUUUUUGAAGAGAAGUUUCUUGUAAUCAUGGCCGGAGAGGCGAAACCUACGUUUCUAGCAACACCGGUUUCUAGCAGGGCCUCUUCGUUCACUUGUUGCAGUUGUCACAGCAACUCCAAGGAGAAAACAUCGAAUUCCGAAGAGGAAAUGAUGGAGGAGAAUGAAAAGGAGAAAGAGGGGAGUAGUGAUCAACAACCUUAAUGUUUAAACAAGAUCAUGGGUGUCAACUUUGUUGCUUGAUCGUGUAUCGAUGAUUUCGCGUUACAUGGUUAGAUAGGAAGAGGACUUUUGUAUGUGAUCAUAGGAAUUUAUAUACUAUGUUCUAAGUUUACUAUAGGGAAUGUACAUAAAAGAAUUUGAGGAUGAGAAAGAAGCAAUUCCAUUUCCGUUGACUUUUGGGAAAGGUCAAACCAAAUAUGUAUUGGAUUAUGAUUUUAACGAUCUAGCAUUAAUGGAAAGGAACAUGCUAUUGAGAAUAGUGUUAUCGAAUUUGAUUUA